GUUUCACCGGAAGUCAAAAUUCAAAAUAAAAAUCUACUUUUUGAAUCAUUUUCCUUGGAUUAAAGCUUCGUGGAAACAGAAUUAUCAAUUUACCUAUUGCAGAAUUAAACGCACUAACCAGCGUACUCUAAAUGUCGAAAACCUGAUGUACAUGUAUCAAUGGCUAGUGAACUCUUGUUGGCAUCAUCUGGAGACUGUGUAAAGAUAUGGAACAAUCUAGGUGCCUCUCUCGUCAAGCAGUUCAACCCUCAUGAUGGCAAUCUGUCUACAGUAGCCUGGAGUCACGACAACAGUCAUCUGGUAUCUGCUCAAGUGUCGGGGAAGAAAGUGGUACUAACUGCCGUAAAGAAUAAUGCUUACUCCACAUUUGAUAUUGCUGUAGAUGAACAAAAGACAUGCGCCAUUUUCAACUCAAACUCUCGGUAUUUACUAUGUGGAGGAAAGGAUGGGCUCUGUGGAAUAUGGGAUCUGAAAACAAAGAAAUUGAAGAAAACCUAUGAGGGCCACAAAGGAGCUGUGAACAC